UGUUUGUAUUCACCAGAAACAGUACACAGAGAAAAGCUCGCAGCUCCAGGUAAGCUGGUACAGGGUCACCUGUUAGACUGUGGCUUUGAACAGCAGGAUUGCGUGUGCGAACUUUUAAAACUCAGUAUCCUUUGAAACUGACUGAGGAAGUUGAGAAAGAUUGUGUGAGAAAGUGUGUGUGUGAGAGUGAGUGUGAGUGAGAGAAAAGCGUCCAGCACUCAAGGAGGGACCUUACCAUGUGGAGAAGAAGCCUGGAGUCACCUUAAGUCUCUCUCACAGAAUAAGUAGCCAUGCGUCGCUUCAGUUCAGAAGGAUCCCUCCUGGACCUGGACUGCUUUCCCUGGAAGAGCGCACCUCAGAAGGAUGCCCGCUGUGAUGAAGAAGAAGAAGAAGAAGAAGAAGAAGAACCUAUAAGAAGAAGCACGUAUAAGACCCCGCCGUGCCAGGAUGACCGAGUGGAUCACGGAGCGGCGUCUCUGCCCACCACGCCGACCGCUUUGCAAGACCCCAAGAGCAGAUCGGCGAAGGAUCACGCCAAGGAAAUGAGCUAUAGUAUUGAAGAUCUUCGAGACCUAGACAUACCGUCUGGUCUGCUCAAGGUCUCCAAUCUCAACGAAAGCUUCAGAGCGUACAGUGACAGUCAGCUGGCGCCGCACUCCACCAGCAGCGAUGAGAGCGCAGAGAAGGACGACGUUCUGUCCCCGUGUUCGCCGUCUACGUCCACGCUCAACUCCUUCUGCUGUAACUCAGGCUUGGGGACGCACCAGAAUCCGCACCAUGUCCGGUCCAAGCUGUCGUCUGCCAAAUUACAUCUGAAGAGUCUGUUUUGGCAGAGCCCACACGCUUCCAAUCCCAGUCUCAGAGUCCCGGAGCCCAGAGAGCAGGAAAGCAGUGCCAAACAGCGGCGAUCCCGCUUCACAAAGCAGUGGAGUCAGGUGGGUCACGCGAAGACCCGGCUCAGCAGGGCGGAGAUGGAGAAAUGGGCCGAGUCGCUCGACGUCAUUUUCAACAGCAGAGUGGCCGUGUCUGUGUUCGGUGCAUUCCUCCGCUCGGAGUUCAGUGAGGAGAACCUGCAGUUCUACAUGGCCUGCGAGCAGUACAGACAGUCGUCCAACAACUUCAGCCUGGGCCGACGCGCCAAGGAGAUCAGUGCCACCUACAUUCAGCCUGGUGCACCUCGUGAGGUAAAUCUGGACAGCAAGACUCGAGAUUUGACGCUGCAGCUACUGAAAGCUCCCUCUCACACCUCCCUGUGCCAUGCUCAGAAACGCAUCCGUGGCCUACUGGAAUUUGACAGUUACCCUCGCUUCCUGCAGUCGAACAUCUACCUCACACUCCUACAGGACGCUCACUAAGAACGCCCGGGGUCAAGGAGGCACCUAGAGGGCAUUUGAUAGACCGACGCACACAGGGAUGCCUGAAAAGGCAGGCACGGGCGGUGCCGAUCGUGCUGAACUCCUAGCUUGAAAAUAAUCAAGGAUUAAUAACGAUAGAAUAAGCAAACUUUACUAACUUCUUUCCUGCUCUCAAGUUAAUAUACUGUUGGAAAUAGUGUAGCGGUUUAAAUUAAUCGGGGGGGGGUGAAUCUCUGACGUCUUCUUUACACUGUAGUACAUUGUUCUCCAACUCACCCAGCAGUCUUAGGCUAGCGAAAAGUGCACACUGACUUGUAAUCAUUACCUAAGACGUUAGCUCCCGUCAUGCUUCAGUGAGCAAGAGCAGAACGGCGUGCUUACAGAAAGCGUCAGGCGAGAUUGGCCUCUCAAAGGGUCACAGUCCAGGAAUAUAUUGACAUUUUCCCAGGAAUUCCUUCCUACCUGAUUUAACUAGGGUGUGUGUGUGUGUGUGUGUGUGUGUGUGUGUGUGUGUGUGUGUGUGUGUGUGUGUGUUUGGCAGAAGGCCAGUGGUGGUUGUAAAGUGACCCAAGGUGCCAGGAUUGUGUAUAGAAUUCCUCAUUGUUGUUUAUGUCUCUAUCAGUUUAGAAAUAAAUCAUAUUUUAUAUAGUAUCUGAUCCCUAAACAUAAGUCACAGCAUUUUUUUUUAAUUUUUUUUUUUUUUAUUGUUUCUGAUCCUGCUGCGUUAGUCACGAGAUAUGUUUUUGUUUGUUUUGGUGGGCCUCCGUCGUAACAAGAGCGCCGCUGUCCUGUUUCAUGUCCUCGUCUCCAUCAGCGUCUCACGCGGAACACGAAACAUCGCUGCAAGUGAGCGUUAAAGAACGAAGUUCGAGAGGCUUUCGAAGUUUUCCAGGAGCUGGAGAUGUUAUCGUGUUCGCUGGCGUGAGGUGAGAUCCCACUCACGCUCGUCACGCUGCGUAGUCUUUCCAACGUUAAACGUCGAGCUUUAAUGAGCCGUGAGAGCUCGCAUUUUCUCGAGUGUGGAACGUGAUGUUAUUUUUAGGAUGUUUCAAGGGGGAAAUGUUUGACGUCCUACGAAAGCAUAGCAUGUUGAUAUGAUUGUGUCGCAUUUUUGUGUGAAUUUAGGGUCAUGGUACAAAGAAUAAAAGUUGCUCCAGUCGA